AUGUCUGAACGCCCGUCGGGACUGGGCAGAAAUCCAACAGCGCCUCCUGUAAUGGCAAACGGACAUUUCGCUACGAUCGGUAACAAUGCGGACGCCGCCGCCGCCUACGAGCAUGGUGUGCAGGUCAUCGAUGGAGAUAAGGAGUUCAAUCCAAACCUCUCCAAGUACCUAUCCCUCGAAGAUGUCACUCCGGCCGGCUUCAAUUACCACCUCAUCUCCGUGUUUGGUUCGCAGUCCACUGGCAAGUCCACCCUGUUGAACCAGCUCUUCGGUACCCAGUUCUCUGUCAUGUCAGAGCUGGAGCGCAGACAGACCACCAAGGGUAUCUGGCUGUCGAAAAAUAAGAAGCAGGAGGAAAGCGCCACAGCCGAUGGAUCGCGCAUGGCGGAUAAUAUUUUGGUGAUGGAUGUUGAAGGUACCGAUGGUCGCGAACGAGGAGAAGACCAGGAUUUCGAGCGCAAGAGUGCUCUUUUCGCGCUUGCGACAAGUGAGGUACUCAUUGUCAACAUUUGGGAGCACCAGGUGGGCCUGUACCAGGGAGCCAACAUGGGUCUCCUGAAGACCGUCUUUGAAGUGAACCUGCAACUAUUUCUGAAGGACAAAAAUACUACGCACCGAUCCCUCCUUUUCUUUGUUAUCCGCGACUUUAUCGGUACCACCCCACUCAAGAACCUCCAGAAGACAUUAUUGGAAGAUUUGUCUCGUCUUUGGGAUACGAUCUCAAAGCCAGCUGGCUUGGAGAAGUCGACCAUUCACGACUACUUCGAUUUCCAGUUCUACGGACUCCCGCACAAGGGCUACCAGCCAGAUCAGUUUGUGGCGGAAACCAAGAAGCUUGGUCUGCGGUUCCGCGAUGGCUUCCGUGACCCCAAGAGAGAUGCGCUCAGAGGCGAAUUUUCUGAGGGAGGAGUAUUCUUACCCGAGUACCACCGACGCAUCCCGGCUGAUGGAUUCUCGCAUUACGCUGAGGGCAUCUGGGACCAGAUUGUCAACAACAAAGACUUGGAUCUUCCUACACAACAAGAACUGCUCGCUCAGUUCCGUUGCGAUGAAAUUCUGCGUGAGGUUAUGAUUGGAUUUGAUGAGGCCAUCACUGCGUUUGAGGACAAGCAAGCAGAGGCUGUUCGUUUGGGAGCCCCAGAGGUGCUCGGAGGGUUGGGUGCGGCCAUGCGGGCAGCCCGCUCCAAGACUAUCAAAGGCUUUGAAGUCGAGGCCAGUCGGUACCACAAGGGCGUAUACCAGCGUAAGAAGGCUGAGCUGGAGGGCAAGGUCGAUACUCGACUGAAGGCUCUGUUCCAUGGCCAGCUCUCGGCUGCGCACAAGUCCGGUAUCCGCGAUUUCAGUGACACCGUCACCGAAUCCGUCAAGUCUGGCCAGAAAAAGGGCGGCAACUACGAUUUCGCUGAAAUUGUGAACAAAGAAACCAAGAUCUCGCUGGAGAAGUUUAUGGAAGUUGCUAAAUCCACCGUGGUGGAAGGCACAUCUUGGAGUAAUUACAAGCAAGAGUUGAAGCUGUACGAGAAAGAGCUCUCUGAGGCCAGUGCUCGCCUGCGGCGGGAUGAGAUGAGACGCCUGGCGAGCCGUAUUGAGCGUUGGGUGCAGUCUCGUCUGGGUGAAUCCGUCGGACUUGAAUUUAACAACCUUGGUUCCGGCCGUGCUGGCGGUGGCGCCCCAGAGAAUGGAGACAAGCCCACCGAGAAGGCAUUCUGGGAUCGCGUUUGGAAUGUAUUUGUGGAGACUGUUCUUGAUGCGGAACGGAGAUUCACGGACCGGGCUAGUAGUUUCGAUGCCAGCCUCGAAGAAGUUGACGUUGGUCUGUGGCGCCUGCGUCGCAAAUCAUGGGGCGUUCUGCGCGCUAAGAUUGACGAGGAAAUGACCGAAGGCAACUUGUUGCUGAAGCUGCGGGAGAACUUUGAGGACAAGUUCCGAUAUGACGAUGAAGGUGUCCCACGCAUCUGGCGCCCGACGGAUGAUAUUGAGGGCAUCUACACUCGUGCUCGCGAGUCCACCUUGACUUUAAUUCCUCUUCUUUCUCGCUUCCGUCUUGUCGAAACAUCCGCACCACCGCCACUGGACCGGUGGAUUGGGCACACCCCAAGCUCGGCAACAGCUGCUGACGAGGAGGAUUUGCCUCCGAUCGGAGGAGUGGAUGAGGAUGAAGGCAAGAGCCUAGAGGAGGAGAUGACAAUCCUUGGCGAUGCCAAGCGCCAGGAGCUCACUGUGCGCUUCAAGAAAACCGCUGACGGCGUGUAUGUUGAGGCCAAGCGGAGUGCCAUUGGUGGCAUUACCCAGGUGCCGCUCUACUUCUAUGGCCUGCUGAUCGCCCUAGGAUGGAACGAGAUUGUUGCAGUUCUCCGCAACCCCGCCUACUUCUUCCUGCUGUUUGUGUGCGCUGUAGGCGCCUACAUCACCUACCAGCUUAACCUGUGGGGCCCCAUCCUGAAGAUGACCGAGGCAGCAUCGCAGCAGGCUCUUGUGGAGGGCAAACGCCGCCUGCGCGACUUCCUCGAGUCCUCCGAUACUGGUCGACAGGCUAUGGCCAUGUCGGCGGACCGGACAGGUUCCUCAAGCCGCAAGGAAGAGUAUGAGAUGUCCGACAUGCAAAAGCCUAGCUCUAAGGCCAACGACGACCUGGAUGACUUGUAA